AUGGCCAGUGCUGAGACACUCCAGCGCCCGGAUGUCUCUGAACCCAACGGCCCGGUGACGCCACCAGGCUCGAAAGUGGUCCCGGCGGUGACCCCGGAGCAGAUUUCCAUCGUCAAGGCCACCGCGCCUGUCCUCAAAGAACACGGUGUCACCAUUACGACGGUCUUUUACGAAAACAUGUUGAAGGAGAACCCCGAGCUCAAAAAUGUCUUCAGUCUUACGUCACAGGCUACCGGUGCUCAGCCCCGUGCUCUGGCUGCUGCUGUCCUGGGCUAUGCCAUGUUCAUUGACGACCUGCCUCGUCUCCACCACGCCGUCGAGCGCAUCGCCCACAAGCACGCCUCCCUCCAGAUCCAGCCCGACCAGUACGACAUUGUCGGCAAGUACCUGAUCCAGGCCAUUGGCCAGGUGCUGGGCGACGCCGCCACGCCGUCCAUUGUCGACGCCUGGACAGCCGCCUAUGGUGUUUUGGCCGACGUCUUCAUCGGCCGCGAGCGGAGCCUGUACAACGAGGCACGCGCCCGCGACAACUUCAAAGGCUGGGCCGGCUGGCGCAAGUUCCGUAUCCAGCGCCGCGAGUACGCCGCGGCCCCCGAUGACGAGGACAGCGGCGACAGGACCGCCACGGCCAGCAAGGACGGCAUUCUGAACUUGUACCUGGCGCCCGUCGACGGCAAGCCGCUGCCGACCUACGAGCCUGGCCAGUACGUCAGUCUGCAGGUGUUCGUGCCCGAGUUUGGCGUGCUCCAGAGCCGCCAGUACAGCCUGAGCCGGGCGCCGCGCCCCUCGGGCGACUGCUACCGCGUGAGCGUCAAGCGCGACACCGGCCACAAUGGCCAGACCACGCCGGGCCUCAUCUCCAACCUGCUGCACAACGUCCUCAAAGAGGGCGACGAGGUCGAGCUGUCGCAGCCGCAGGGCGAGUUUGUCGUCGAAGAGACCCCGCUGCCGACCGCCGAGGAUGCGGAGCGACCAUCCGUGCCCACGGCCGAGCUGGCACCCAUUGUCCUGCUGUCGGCCGGCGUCGGCGCCACGCCCGUCAUGGCCAUCCUCGAGACCGCCGCCCAGCACGGCCGCACCAUUUCGUGGCUGCACGGCUCGCACUCGCGCAGCGUCCUCCCCUUCUCCAAGGAGGUCCAGGCCCUCCGCGCUGCCCACCCGGAGCGCAUCCAGACCUACACCGUUCUGACCACGGCGGACGACGCGGACGACGCUGCUGCCGACCCCGUCGUCACCGGCACCCACCUCAAGAUUGCCGAGCUGCCCGACGCCGAGCGCAGGACCCGUCUCUUUCUGGAUAAUGCCAAGACGGGCUACUACAUUUGCGGUCCCAGCAGCUUCAUGAUUGAGUCGCGGGACGCACUGCAGAGCCUGGGUGUGGCCCCCGAGCGCAUCCACCUCGAGCUCUUUGAGACGGGUGACCUGUGA